CCACACUACUCAUUUCCUGUAGGUCGAGGACCCUGAUACUCCUGAAGCUGCAGAGAAAGCGAAACAACAGCUUAAUCAGCAUUGAGGACGAGCACGAAGAUGUUUGCAGCUGAGGCCAAAAAAAUUAUUGAAAAGGUGGGAGAUAAAGAGCUCAUCUAUAAUGAGAGCCUAAUCAAGAAAGUAGAUCUGCUGACUCUGGUCAAAGUCAGCAGAGGAAAAUUCUGGCCAGUGCAAAAGUACAAGAUAAUGCAACUCAGUCUGCCCGAGCUCAUGGAGGUGGAAGACUUCAGCCCAGAGUGCACAGAUGAGCCCUUUGUGAGUAAUUUCAUGACUUCAACAAAGACGAGCGGGAGAGGAGGGUUAGGUGGAAAAGACGUUGGUGUGUAUGAAGCUGAAGUGAAUGCAGGCGCUGACAGCAUGGAUGGACUAGUUCAGCCCGUCAACAUGAUGUCGAAGAAAGUCGACCUUAAAGCCCUGAGGAGCGUGCUCAGUGACGGGACCAUAAAAACAGACAAAGUGAACCUGCUGGCACUGAAAACAAAGGAUAAACUGGCUUUUGUUCACCAGACAAUUUACAACUCCUGUCCUGUCACACUUAUUAGAAAGUGCACGAGGGAUGGGUCCUUGUUAGCAUCCUGCAUAAAGAUACUGAGUCUGUUUGCAAAGGGCCACAGAAAAGAGAAGACAAGCUUCACUGUUCCAGAAAAAUCCACCUUUGCUUACGGCCUGGUGGAGAUAAAGAUAGAGGAUGAGAAGCUGAAGAUCUCGUGUGAACCCUGGACUCGAGGUGGCCUCUAUGGACUCUUUGGCGAUGACAUAGAGAGUGCGACGCUACAACAGAUUAAAGAAGAACUAAAGAUGAAGGAUGCUUUUCUGCAGCCGCUGGCAGAUCUUCCUGAGUCGACCCGUCGUGAUCUACUGAAGAAGCUCAGCGAGCUUGCUGAGGAUGGGGAUGAUCUCUCUCUGCUGGAGCAAACAGUAAGAAGAAUAUUUACAACAUCUGAAGCUUCUUUGUGCUCAUCAUGAAGUUUCAUCUCCCACUGAUCUUAAUUCUUCAACUGAUGCUUCAUCAGUUACUGCAAGGAACAAAAAGUGAAGAGAUGGUUAAACAGGCAGUCAUGUGAGAAUG